AUGAUGGAACAGAGGAAAUUCACCAGGAAAAGAAGGAUACUAGAAAGGAUAUUCCUCAGAGGGAGGUUAAUCUUGAUGUUUGCAACCCUCUCGAUUUGGUGGUCUCGAGCUUGGGUGGUCUCGAGCUUGGGUGGUCUCCACAAUCCACUCUACUUUGUCUCUCAAGAGCCAACGACUUCAGAUUCUCAAGUUUCUUCAUUUAUGGAUGCUACUCAGGCUUGGGUAGAUAAAGGCAAAGAUGUUACUACUGCAUAUGCUAAUUUUUUACACAACUUUUGGGAGAAUUUGGAGGAUCCUGAUAACGGCCCUUCGCUCAAAGAGGGUGCUUUCACUACAGCCAUUUCUAAACUUAACAGGAAGCAGGCAGUUAAGAAAAAACACACUACUAGGUUCCAAGCAAGCCUUAAGAAGAGUUUCCUAUGA